CCCCCCACUUCUUCCGCUACUUUCUUUCUUUCGUUGGGAAUAAAAGAAGAAAAACCCAUUGGCCGCGAUAUUUAGGUCAUAUCCUAUUGUGUGACUGAUCACCAUGGCAUCCAAGUGUGUUCACAAAGGUUGUGGAAAGGAAUUCACCGACUCCGAGGAGCCUUGCAUUUACCAUCCCGGUCCACCAGUUUUCCACGAAGGACAGAAAGGCUGGAAAUGCUGCAAACCACGCGUUCUCACCUUUGAGGAGUUCAUGACGAUUCCUCCCUGUACGACAGGGAAACACUCCAUAGUAGAUGACACCCCAAAGGUGGACGAGAAGCCAAAGCCAGCAGAAGACCUGCCUACCCCCCCAGCCGCGGCUAUCGUGGAUAGCGGGGUGCCACGGGGCGCAAUUUCGCCUGCGAUCCCUCCUCCCUCUAAUCCCCCUACGCCGGUUUCAGAAGAGCCAGAAUCGGACGAUCCAUCUCUCGCAAUCCCAGCCAAUGCCACUUGCCGCCGAAAAGGCUGCAAUAAUUCCUACAAUCCCGACGUCUCGCGGGAGGACGAAGAGUGCGUCCACCACCCAGGACAUCCGAUUUUCCACGAGGGAAGCAAGGGCUGGUCUUGUUGUAAGAAGAGAGUGCUAGAGUUUGAUGAAUUCCUGAAGAUCCAAGGUUGUACGGCGAAGAAGAGGCAUCUUUUUGUCGGGAAGGGCAAGCCUCCCGGCGAAGAGAAAGUAGACAGUGUCAGAAAUGACUUCUAUCAAACUGCACACUCUGUGAAUGUCUCACUCUAUCUGAAGAAGAUCGAUAAGGCCCAUGCCAAGGUUGAAUUCACCUCCACAUCGAUCGAUCUGGAUCUCCCGACUACCGACAACAAGCGCUACCAAGACAGUUACGAGCUCUUUGCGCCUAUUGACCCCAACAAGUCACAGUUCCGCGUGCUGGGAACAAAACUGGAGUUGACGCUCGUCAAGGGCGACGGAACGAGCUGGCCUGUGUUGCGGAAAGAUGAUCGAUGGACUGGAGAAAGGAUUCAAAUUGGAAAUGCAGGAAGGGUUUAGAUCUGAGACAAAAGAUACGCGACUUCUAUAUCGAGUUCUGUGGAGUAAGUACCUAAAUGAGACCUUUGCAUGAAACCUUUCGGUUGUUCUUCAUCUCUCCUCUUUUUCCUUUGGGAUUGAUCAAAUUGCCCGGCGACUACAUGUGGUAAGAGAAGGGUUGGCAGUGUAGCAUAUCAGUUCUCAACCGAUAUUCAGAACCAGUCCAAACUGGGUGGAGGAUUUAGUCCCGAAAACUUGGUUCGGGCGAACUACCACCACCUAGCGCAUCUUUGGGCAAUGUCAUUAAACCGUAUGAGGAUGGCG